UUCUAAAAUUAUCUCAAUUAGGAUGCACCGCAAUCGCGUUUGGAACUCCUCGGCAAGUACGGUUGUCUAGACAAAUUUUGAGCGAGACUGUAUUUACACAAUGUAAGUAUUGCCUUGCAUCGAUUUUUUUUGGGCUGGGGGCGCAUUUUCACAUUUCGGUACGUGAAAUAUUACCCUAAGCGACUCUAGCUAUCUAGCCUGCUAAUUAUAAUUCGCAAGCCUGUUCUCCAAGGGGCAUACUACUACUGAUUGAAAGCGGAGGUUAGACUACUUAAGAGAAGAGAGGUCCAAAGACAAAAAGACGUGUGGACAAAGCAGGGACAAAAAGAAUAAUGCAAAAGGAAGAAGUGAAAUGGGAAAGAAAUGAAGUGAACAAUAAAAAACAUCCACUAAAGGACACUUUUAGUUAGUUACUUUCGCUCUCUGUCUCUGUUACUACCUCUUAUUGCGCCUUCCUUUUGUACGAUAUUGCUAUUGUCAUUCCAAGUCCCUUUUCCGUUUUUUCUUCACUUUUUUCUCAUUAUUUCUCUCUGUUUUUAUUGUAAUAUAUUGUCUGAGCUCUUUUUUGGUAAGCAACAAAGCACUAGCGCAACAACAACGGCUAUUGUGCGAUGAUUACUGUAGCAUGCCUACUUCUUAUCUCUUAAAUCGAACCACCAUUUUCUAAGCCAUAUACCACGGAGAAGCGCUGGAGCGCAAAUUGAGGUUUUAAAUCGAACUUUGCUUUUAUUACACAACUAGCUCCCAUUACUCUUACUCUUAUUUCAACUUCUUUUUUUGCCCAAAAAAUCAUACAGUUGUCUUUACGGAGCCUCGAAAUUGUCAGUGUUGGGUUUAUUACACCCUCGCCCGAGUUUCUAACGUUAUUUACGUUAUUAACGUUUUUAACAGUUAAUAACUGUGAUUUACUCAAAAAACAGAAUUCAUUCGCGAAAAAUUCAAUUGUCUUGAGAUUUCAGCGAACGCAAACAGAAUGCAAGUUUUGUGACCUUCUCAGAACCAAGACGAUUACAACUGAAGUAAAGAAACUGCCAGAUAUCAAAAACAAUGUCUGCAGUCGAUCUCACGCCUGAACUUGUCAUAGCCGAACACAUCCCCACGUGUAAAGAAGAGUACAUUUGCCCAGACCAAGAGACGAAUGUUCCGAUGGACCAUGAAAGAAACGAUCUCAUUUGUGAGGUGGAGGAGCAACUGGCAAAAAUCCAGAAGGGAGAGCAGGAAACAAAUCUAGUUGGGGUCGAGUCAAUCGAACCGAGACAGUCUUCGGUCACCAACUCGGCAUUCGAGUCGCCGAACCUAAAAAUGUCAGGCUCUCCCAAUUCGGACUUUUGUCGGUUGAAUAGCUACACAGAUUCGAAUGGAGAGACCAUAGCGCAUAAUUAUAGUAGCAAUGGGUUACCAGCAGAAGCAAAAGUUUCGAACUGCAAUGAUGGCCUAUGCCAGGAACAAAUUGAGUCGCUCCAGGAUGAGAUAAAACAUGUGAGAAGAUGUCAAUUGCAGCAAGAACACCAAAUGCUGGAGAUGAAAAAACACAACGAACAACAACUGUGUCUCAUGCAACAGCAGCUAUUCCUGCAGCAACAGAAGUUCUCCUCAAUUCAGACUCAGGUGAACCACGUGAUCACUUCGAUGACGUCACAAAUCCCACUUCUGCAGAUGCUUCCUCUCUUCAACACCAUCACUUCAUCCACGGCCAAUGCAUUCAACCCAUCCCCCGCGGAUGGUAACAAUAUAAUGGGGGCAAACGGUGGCUUGAUUCAGGAUCCGAAUAAACUACCUAAUGAGAGUAAACUAUCACCCAACAACCACCAGCACUUAACCCAAGCCCAACAGCAAAGCGCAGCUGCGGCAGGUUUGGCCGCCAGUUUGUUGUUGCCGGCUCAGCACAUGCAAUUUAUGGCAGCAAAUCCACAGUCCGUCGGAUCGCACGCGAAUCCACUGCAGCAGAUAAUUCAGAGCUUGACUGGAAUUUCUCCGCACAGUACCAGUGGUCACAUAAAUGGCACGUCUUUUAAUGGAAUGGAACAUAUGAAUAAUUUGCCAGUGAAAAAUCAGACCACUGGUAAAGUCAAAGAUCCAGCUGUCUACUUAGAAGAAAUGAAAACAUCCAAGAAACAGCAAGCAAAACUCUCGACCGAAUGCGAGCAAAAAGAGGCGAAUUACUAUAAACACGAAUUAAAAACCUCGGAUUUUGGAAAAAUCACAUCUAGUGAUCGCAAUACGCAGCAGAUUGCUAAUAAAUUAGCAGAACCAUUUCAAAGGUCUAACUUAGAUGAGGGUCGAAAUACGGUUAUUCAGAAACAUCCAGCUAAAGUCACAACGGCACCUAAAACCGAAGCAAACCAAAUGGCAGAAAAUAUACAAAGUCAGGCGUUAAAUAGCCCCAACUUAUCAGAUUUUCAGAGUUCGGAGAGUCCUCCUUUAACAGCCGAUCAUAUUAAGAGACCCAUGAAUGCUUUCAUGGUCUGGGCGAAAGCAGAGAGACGGAAAAUUCUGGCGAGCAACCCAGACAUGCACAAUUCAGCUAUCAGCAAAAUUUUAGGCGCACGUUGGAAAAACAUGAACCCUCAGGAAAAACAGCCAUACUAUGACGAACAAGCACGACUGGCUAAACAACAUCUGGAAAAAUAUCCCAGCUACAAGUACAAACCAAAACCGAAAAGGGCUCCAGGGAGUUUCAUGGCGAAGCGAAUGAAACUCAGCGAUUAUUCCAAAUUCGCAGCUGGUAAUGCGAACUCAAUUUUCGAAGCAACUACUGCAUCAAGCAGUCCUGCUGUCACUUCAUUUAACAAUUCUACAAACUGCAUCUACUCUCCAAAUAAAUAAAAACUACCCAACCUUCAAGUUCAAUGCAAACUUAAACUGUUUGAGAUUGAAUGUUCAAAAUCUGAUUGAAUAUUCGAGGUGCCUUCCUUUUAAUUGGUUCAAAAUAUCUAAGAAACUCUGAAAGCUUACUUAAAUUAACAUCACAAAAACAGCUAUGUUUAACUCCAUAUCCUAGUUUUGUAUUUUCUUGAUGUCUUAAUUUUAGUAUUUGAUUUUUUUUGGCCCUGA